CGAGCGGAAGUGACGUACGUGAGUCGCCGGAGGUGGCGUUGGUGCGUUGCGCGGCUGGGCCUGAGAGUGGAGUGGAGCCUGCGCCCGGAAAGACAGCGCUAUGUCGAUCGAAAUCGAGUCCUCCGAUGUGAUCCGGCUCAUUAUGCAGUACCUCAAGGAGAACAGUCUACAUCGGGCGCUAGCCACCUUGCAGGAAGAGACAACUGUGUCUCUGAAUACAGUGGACAGCAUUGAGAGUUUUGUGGCUGACAUUAAUAGUGGCCAUUGGGAUACUGUUUUACAGGCUAUACAGUCUCUGAAAUUGCCAGACAAAACCCUCAUUGACCUCUAUGAACAGGUUGUUUUGGAAUUGAUAGAGCUCCGAGAAUUGGGUGCUGCCAGAUCUCUUCUGAGACAGACUGACCCCAUGAUCAUGUUAAAACAAACACAGCCAGAGCGGUAUAUUCAUCUGGAAAACCUCUUGGCCAGGUCUUAUUUUGAUCCUCGAGAGGCCUACCCCGAUGGCAGUAGCAAAGAGAAGAGAAGAGCAGCCAUUGCCCAGGCCUUAGCUGGGGAAGUCAGUGUGGUGCCUCCAUCUCGUCUCAUGGCAUUGCUGGGUCAGGCAUUGAAGUGGCAGCAGCACCAAGGAUUGCUUCCUCCUGGCAUGACCAUAGAUUUGUUCAGAGGCAAAGCAGCUGUCAAAGAUGUAGAAGAAGAAAAGUUUCCUACACAGCUGAGCAGGCAUAUUAAGUUUGGUCAGAAAUCACAUGUGGAGUGUGCUCGAUUUUCUCCAGAUGGUCAAUAUCUGGUUACUGGGUCUGUUGACGGAUUCAUUGAAGUAUGGAACUUUACGACUGGAAAAAUCAGAAAGGAUCUUAAGUACCAGGCACAGGAUAACUUUAUGAUGAUGGAUGAUGCUGUUCUCUGUAUGUGCUUCAGCAGAGAUACAGAAAUGUUAGCAACUGGUGCCCAAGAUGGAAAAAUCAAGGUAUGGAAGAUUCAGAGUGGACAGUGUUUAAGGAGAUUUGAAAGGGCACACAGCAAAGGUGUCACCUGUCUAAGCUUCUCUAAGGAUAGCAGUCAGAUCCUUAGUGCCUCUUUUGACCAGACAAUUAGAAUUCAUGGUUUAAAAUCUGGAAAAACCCUGAAGGAAUUCCGUGGCCAUUCCUCCUUUGUUAAUGAAGCAACCUUUACACAGGAUGGACAUUAUAUUAUCAGUGCAUCCUCUGAUGGCACUGUAAAGAUCUGGAACAUGAAGACCACAGAAUGUUCAAAUACCUUUAAAUCCUUGGGCAGCACUGCUGGGACAGACAUCACUGUCAACAGUGUGAUCCUGCUUCCUAAAAACCCAGAGCACUUUGUGGUUUGUAACAGAUCCAACACAGUGGUCAUCAUGAACAUGCAGGGACAGAUUGUCAGAAGCUUCAGCUCUGGUAAGAGAGAAGGUGGUGACUUUGUUUGCUGUGCCCUCUCUCCCCGUGGCGAAUGGAUCUACUGUGUAGGGGAGGACUUUGUGCUUUACUGCUUCAGCACAGUCACUGGCAAACUGGAGAGAACUUUGACAGUUCACGAGAAGGAUGUGAUUGGUAUUGCACAUCACCCUCAUCAGAACCUGAUUGCUACUUACAGUGAAGAUGGACUGCUAAAGCUCUGGAAACCCUAAUUCAGCUUCUCUUUUAAACUAGCUUGAGAGCAUGUACUUAAAAUGAAGACAUACUCAUGUGUUGCUUUUUUUUUUUUUAAGGCCAGCUUUUCUAAGCAAAUCGUCUGAAUUAGGCACAAGAAUAAUUUUGUGAAAAUUCAUAAAAAUUUAAGUAGCAGUUAUCAUUUUUUAUAUAUUUUCCAAGGUAUUCACUCUAACUGGGGCAGUCACUUAAUGCUGUCAAUAAUCUUUUACCUGAAGAGCGAAAUACUGGUAUUCCUAGGGAAAAACUGUACUCCUUUGAUUAUUUGAAAUGCUUUGAUUGAAAUGGGUUUCCUGCAGUAAAACUUGUAAAUAAGGAACUAUCCUAAAUUCAUUAGCUGUUUACUAUCCCACCUUUAAAAAAAAAAAAAAAAGAUGUUAAUAAACUUUACACCUUUCUGGAGGCUUUGUUUUUAAAUGUAAAUAAAUGCCUAUCUAGCUAACGCAUUUACUUAGAAUCAGAUAUUAUCAUCCCUGAAGUCAGCUUCCCAUAGGAUCUCAUUUUCACUGCCCUCCCCCGGGGCAUUCAUUUUUUAACUAAUUGCAGGAUCCACUAGGAGAAUUCAGUUUUGGCAUAUCUCCUUUGUAUGCAGAGGUUUUUGCAUUGAAAAUAUGCUGCUGUUCAAGGAAAAAAAAAAUUUAGAAAACAACUCAACAAUAUUUUGCGUAUGGGUCUUUUCUGUUUCAACUGAUGUAUGUGGAAUGCCUAUGUUGAUGUGUGAAGAUACUGUGCUGGGUACCAUUUCAAGAAAGUGAGCUUAUUUAUGGAGGCCUUUUAUGCCCCAUUUCCCCAGUUAGUAGGUACAGGUGAACGAGGAGAAUUUUGCAGUCUUAAAAACCUGUGUCACUUGAAAUACAGCCUGAUCUGUAUUAAAGAUGAGCAAUGCCUAGCACGUAAAAA